UUUGUGUACAUGGCAGCCAAACACUAACCUUGCCAAUUUCAAUUUUUUCAAUCCCGUUGUUGAUCUUAGUUUGAUACCCGGCUUAGAAGUAACUGGCAGGAUAUGGCUGAUGGAAGCAGAAAGGCUGUUGUAAAAAAUGCGGAUAUGUCCGAUGAUAUGCAGCAAGACGCUUUAGAUGUAGCACUUCAAGCAAUUGAAAAGUAUAAUAUCGAGAAAGAUAUCGCUGCUCACAUCAAGAAGGAGUUUGACAAGAAGUACAAUCCAACGUGGCACUGCGUUGUUGGGAGGAAUUUCGGGAGUUACGUUACGCAUGAAACAAGGCAUUUCAUUUACUUUUACGCUGGACAAGUCGCUGUUCUGCUGUUCAAGUCUGGUUGAUGUAUAUUUCUGACAACUGAUUAUCCUAUUUAAAGGUAUUUUAAAUCUGAUGUAUGUUGAAUAAACGAUGAAUUUCCCUCUAAAAAU